AUGCUCCGACCGAAGCAGCAAUAUCUCCUAGCUGCAGGUCCGGACUUAAGUCGGAUGGCUUUUAUGCGCCUGGUUCCUCACUUCGGUCCGAGGCCACAGAACGGCAAGCACCCGCCCAAUGCAUGGGUAUUGCGUUCAGAAGCAGCACUCAUCGCUCACUUUGCAUGUUUGAUCAACAUUGAGGGCUACUGCUGUGGGGGCCAAAUCCGCUCGCGCGAGUGCCUUCAGGAUCUACGGUGUAUCCGUGCUUGCUUUGGCGGACAAGGCGUAACGGGACUUUGA